AGAAAGAAAAACAGGAAAAAAAAAACAGAAAAGAAAAGAAAGGAAAUAUUUGAUGAGCAAAGAGAAACUGAGAAGCAAAGAAAAUGAAAGCUUGUUGUGGAGGAAAGAAGCAAAUCUAGACGACAACAAAAGCCAGUUUAAACCCCCCAAUUUCACUUUCUCUCCGCAUCAAAUUUUCUCGGAGGAGAGAGAAUGCUAGAAAAUUGACGCUUCUUUCGCACCGAUCCACUACCGCUUUAGCUUCCGAUCCGUACACCUAGACAAAGCAAUUAAUGCUUUAGAUCCGACUGUCUGAUACAACAUUCGUCGCGUUGCGAUUGGAAUCUUCGAGCUCUGUGGUUCAGCUUCGAGUUUUCGGGAUCGCAGUUGCUGCUCAUACACUGGGUUUUGUUGAAGCCAUUUUUGUCUCUGUGAGCCAAGCAGACUGCAACUACUUUCGCCGAAAUGGUGAUUUUUGGCUUGUAAUUUCGACUUCAAUGGAGGUUUAGAGUGGCCAGUGGGGGCUGAAUUGGGGUUUGAAUUAGGUUUUGUUUUGCUCUUGUGGCGCCGUCUCUGCUUUGGUGUCUUCAAAUGGCAGCAUCUAGGGUUUCGGGGUUGUGCUGCACGAUGAAGAUCUUUAUUUGAUUAGAUUACAUACGUGGACGUUGAGCCUCUGCAUUGCGAAUGGUACGGUUAUUUCAGUUGCUAUAUUAAUUUAUGCAAUUUUUUAUCCAUUUUAACAAAAGAUUUCGUCUUUGAGUUGACUUGGGCUUACCAUACCAUGUAUGCUUCGCAUUGGUAUUAAGUGGCUGGGGUUGAAAUUCAAUUAAUUUGAAGCAAUUCGCGUGGACGCGAAGCAGAAAGGAGUUUGGUUUCUGAAGUGAAACUGGGAAAGUGAUUGUGGGCAUAAUUUAUUUUCAUUGUGAGUAGUAGCUAGCUAGCUAGAUGUAUAUGAUGGGCUAUUGCUUCAAUUUGCGUUGUAAGGAGAGUUUGGGCUGGCGGUUUUGAGUUUGUAGCUUUUGGUGGUGAGAGAUGCCUCCUUCGCCGGCAAUGAGAUGCUCUCCCGGACGAGAGCCGAGAGGGAACCAUCACAGACGAGGUCGCAGUUUUGAGAGUGGAAGUUUUUUGAAAGAGAAAGAUGAAGAUCUUGCCUUAUUCAACGAAAUGCAGACGCGAGAAAAAGAGGAUUUCUUGCUUCAGUCGUCGGAUGAUCUCGAAGACACAUUUUCUACAAAAUUGAGGCAAUUUUCAGAUUUGAAGCUCGGAAUCACCAUUCCUACACGUGGAGAGAGUAGUGACCUGCUUAAUGUGGAGGGGGAGAAAAAUGACUAUGACUGGUUAUUAACGCCUCCCGACACCCCUCUUUUUCCUUCCUUGGAUAAUGAGCCACCACCGGUUAAUGCACCACAGAGGGGCAGACCUCGAAGUCAACCUAUUACUAUAUCAAGAUCAUCCACGAUGGAGAAGAGUUACCGAAGCAGCAGGGGUAGUGCUAGUCCUAAUCGCUUAAGCCCAUCUCCUCGUUCUGGGAAUAGUUCAUUUCAGUCAAGGGGAAGGCCGUCACCUGUACGUCAUUCCAGUCCAACCCCAAGUCUUCGGCCUGCUACUCCAUCUCCAUCACGGAGACCAUCUACUCCAUCACAGAGACCAUCUACUCCCCCAAGUAAAUCCCCAACACCUGCUCUGAGGUCUUCUACCCCAACACCACGGAGAAUGAGCACUGGGUCCAGUAGUACUGUGGCCUCACUGGGGAUAAGAGGAACUUCUCCGGUAAAAACAAGUCGAGGGAACUCUGCUUCACCAAAAAUAAGAGCAUGGCAAACAAAUAUUCCAGGCUUCUCCUCUGAUGCACCUCCCAACCUUCGUACUUCUCUUGCUGAUCGACCUGCAACAUAUGUGAGGGGUUCCUCACCAGCAUCUAGAAAUGAUAGGGACCAUUCCUCCAACUACAGAAGGCAAUCAAUGUCUCCAACUGCUUCUAGAAGUGUUAGUUCAUCUCAUAGUCAUGAUCGAGAUCCAUUUAGUUCUCACAGCAAAUGUUCUAUAGCAUCUUCUGGUGAUGAUGAUGUAGACUCUCUGCAAUCUCUUCCUGUGGGUAGUUUAGACCGAUCAACUUCAAGAAGAGUUGCUGCUUUCUCAAACAACAGAGCUGUGGCCUUCUCAAAAAGACCAGCCAAAAUGGUGUCCUCAUCUUCCGCUCCAAAAAGAUCCUUUGAUUCUGCUCUUCGACAAAUGGAUCACCGUAAAAGUCCUCAGAUGUUUAGGCCACUCUUAUCUAGUGUUCCCAGUAGCACCUUCUAUGUCGGAAAAGCAAGUUCUGUGCAUCGCCCUCUGAUUUCCAGGAACUCUUCAGUCACAACUAGCAGCAAUGCAAGUUCUGAUCUAGGUACUAGUGUUGCACCUGAUACGGAAGGGAGUGAUCACAACCAGGAUGAUAUGGCCAGUGAAUCUGAGAAAGUGGCAUACUCUGAUGUUCAUGAAGAGGUAUUUGUCUUUGAUAAGAUGGAUGCAGUAAAUGAAGACACAGGCCAUGAUAUCCAUGAUGGGCCACAUGACCUUCAUCAGGUUGACUUCAAUAGAGGCACUGCAGUGGAGGGUGGAGCUGCUCACUCUGAAGAUUAUGGUCGCCCCAAUAUCAUCAUGGAUGUCAGUCCAACCUCAGAAGAUUCUCAUGUUAAGGGUGAUUUUUCAGAAAUUGAUAGUCUCGAAGACAUGGAACCUUGUCCUAAAUGUGGUCGCAGGUAUUAUGUUUUGGAUCAGGUGGAAAGGAACAUUAAAUUUUGUCCAGAGUGCAGUAGGAAAGAUAAACUUCUGAGUGUCCUUAUUCCGGAGAUAAUUGUAGUUCCUGAAAACUCCACACCUUUGUCUGUAAAAAAUUUGGAAGAAGAAAAGCCUUUGGAUGCAAUGGAAACCAUGAUGGUUGUGCCUGGAUCUCCACAAGUUUCUGAUUUGGGGAAACCACAGAGUUCUCAGGGUGAAGAGAAUGUUGAUCCAGGCCAAACUAUCUGCAGUGAGAAAUUCCCUAAUUGUUUACAGGAAAAAUCCCUUGUAAGACCAGUGGUGGAGAGAGUUGAGGAUGGGCUUGCUAACCAGCAAGAGGUGGACUCACAGACUGUUGGUUGUGGGCUACCUAAUAGUGACAUUGGGGGUCAGAAUUUGCAUCAUUCUAACAACUAUCGAAAUAUGAGGGUUGACAUUUCAGAAGGUGCAGGCAUUUCCAUACUUCUGAAGAGGACAAGCAGUAGCAAAGGGGCAGUUGUUCAGGGCAGGACUUUCACAGCCACUACCAUACCUUAUGAGGAUCUGUCAUAUGCUAGAGAUAGUUCAAACAGUAUGAGAAGCUCCAUUGGCCAUGGUAGUUUCUCUGCAUCAUCUUCAGUUGAUUUCGGUUCAGCUAGACAAACUGAAACUCGUGUGCAGCGACAGUUGAGUGGCAAGAAGUCAGACAUGGAGAAUCACAGACAUGACACCAAUAUAAAACCCCAAAGCAUUGCAUCAUCUUCCUAUGGAGAUUCAAACCAUGCUCACCAAGCGCUAGGUCUUUCAUCAAACACACUUGAUGAUGAUAUUGAGGUUGCUGGGGGAAUUUUGGAACGUGAUGUUACAGAGGUGACUCACAUAACAUCGCAAGAACGCUUGCUAGCUUCAGAAUGUACAGACGCAGAUGCUACUACUACUUCUACCAGGACAACUGUUGUUGAGGAAGAUGAUACUGAGUUCAAUUCUAGCAGUAGAAGAGUUGAUACUUCUAACUCAGAGUUGUCGAGCCAUGCAGUUAGCUCUCCAUUAGAAGAAAAUUGGGUAGCAAAAUUUCCAAUUUGUGAAAAUGGUGCUUCAAAUGAGCACGGUGAAGAAUUGCAAAACAAUGCAAGGAGUUCCACAGAUGUAGAAGUUGUAACUCCAGAGCCAUCAUUCAAGGAGGGAAACACCAAUCUCAACAGUACUGUUGACGGACUGGAUGUUGAAGAGAUUGCUACUCACAGCUCUUUGGUUACAGUAUCAGUAUCAGAAAUAGAAACUGAAAAAUGUCAUCAGACUUACCCUUGUUCACUCAACGAUGAUGCUUCCCUGGAAUCAAGGAGCACUUUGGAGGAAUUUCAGGAGCCUUCAGUUCCAAUUCCUUCUGACAGUGAUCUGACAUCUGUUCCAGAGACCAACAACACUACUAAUGCAUAUGGCAUCCUAGAGGAAUCAACAGUAAUGGUUGAGUGUCGAGGUCGAAGCAAGACAAAAAGCCUGACACUAGAAGAGGCAACAGAUACAAUACUCUUCUGCAGCUCCCUUGUCCAUGAUCUGGCCUACGAGGCCGCAGCCAUAGCAAUGGAAAAGGAAAGCCCAGCCCCCUUAGAAGGUUUGCAGCCUACAGUUACAAUAUUGGGGAAGUCCAAUCCUGAGAGAAAGGAACCACGUGGCAGAACUGUUGGUCGACGUACUUCAAAACCUCGAAAGAGCCGGCAAAAGUGGGUGGAAACAGAUGCCGAACCCCCUGUUAGUAAGACUGAGAACGAUGAGAAUGUUGACGAGUCUAUGCAACGCAAUGUAGGGCUUCCUAACAAGGUAGACGGCAUGAAGCCUCCAAAGCUGGAAUCCAAGUGCAACUGCACUAUAAUGUGAAAAGUAUUCAUUGAAAUCCUGCUUAAAGUGGCCGCCGUGCAUUUUGACCACUCCCUGCAUUCCGUGGUUCAGUUCGGCCUCCAAGGAGGAGAUGGUCCUGAGUUCUUGUAUUUUAAGGGUUUUAUGUUUGAAGGGGCUGUUUGGGGUAGUUGGCAAUUGUUUCUGUUGGUUGGUGCAAUAUAUUUGUAAGAAUCCACGGUGUUUUGAUGACGUAAUUGUAAAGUUCUCCCCUGUCAUUGGGCUGAUAAUGGUGAGAGGCAUUGGAGGGGUUUGUGUUUGCCUCCACUUCCCACAGUCUCUUGUUAUUGAAUCAGUGAUUCCGAUUCCGAUGUGGUUCAAUUCCUCCAUUAGGUUAAGUGUGUGUGUACGAGAACCCGAUUCAUAUUCAUUAUGAUUGUUUCAAAAAUAUA